AUGAAAGUUCCAUUUCGGCAGCUGAAUGGGGAAGCGAUGCUUCUUGAAGUCAUGCCAGAAGUCACUGGUCGGGAACUCAAGGAGCGGAUCAAAGAGUGCCAGCUUUGGGACGAUGAACUCACGCGUAAAACCACUCGGGUGGACGUUGUCUUGGGGCCGAGCAGGGUGCUGACGAACGACGAGACAGCUGCAGAUGUGGGCCUUUCUCCAGAAUCAGAGGUGACCGUAGUAUUGAAACGAAACACUGUGACAUGCUCUGACAGCUACUGCCGUGAGUUUUCCGAGUUUCGCAAUGAGAUUGGCUUGGAGUCAUUCUUUGUAGUUGAAAUCCCAAGCCAUGCCACUGAAAUUGAUCAGGGCGCAUUCAGUCAAUGCACAACUUUGGCAGGUGCGACCAUCAGUCACUCAGUGACCCAGAUUGGCAGUUUUGCCUUUGCAGGAUGCAGCUCAUUGGCAAGUGUCACCAUCCCUGACUCAGUGGCUGAGAUUGGGGAUGGAGCCUUUUUAGACUGCAGCUCUUUGGUUGGCAUAACCAUCCCCCACUCAGUGACCCAGAUUGGCAUGAGUGCCUUUGCAGGAUGCAGGUCGUUGGCUAGAGUGACCAUCCCCGAAACUGUGACCCAGAUUGGCGUAAAUGCCUUUACAGGAUGCAGGUCAUUGGCAAGUGUGACCAUCCCCAACUCAGUGACCCAGAUUGGCAUGAGUGCCUUUGCAGGAUGCAGGUCGUUGGCAAGUGUGACCAUCCCCAACUCAGUUACUCAGAUUGGGGAUACUGCCUUUGAGUACUGCAGCUUGUUGGCAAGUGUGACCAUUGCCAACUCAGUGACCGAGAUUGGGGUUGAAGCCUUUAGAUCGUGCAGCUCGUUGGCAAGUCUGACCAUCCCGGAAUCAGUCUUCGAGAUUGGCGAUCACGCCUUUGUGGAUUGCAAAUCGUUGGCAACUGUGACCAUCCCCGACUCAGUUGCCCAGAUUCCGUGCGGUGCCUUUCUACUGUGUAGCUCGUUGGCAAGUGUGACCAUCCCCAACUCAGUGACCGAGAUUGGGGAUUUAGCCUUUGCAGAAUGCAGCUCAUUGGCAAGUCUGACCAUCCCCAACUCAGUAACCCAGAUUGGGUCUAGCGCCUUUGCGUCCUGCAGCUCGUUGGCAAGUGUGACCAUCCCCAACUCAGUGACCCAGAUUGAGUGUUGUGCCUUUGAAAACUGCAGGUCGUUGGCAAGUGUGACCAUCCCUGACUCGGUUACUCUUAUUGGAAACGACGCCUUUGCAGGUUGCAGCGCUUUGACUUUGGAAGUGCCCAUCACUCGGGUCAGAGUAGAUAUUAACGCCAUCAGAGGCUGCAAACGGAUUUUGGCCAAAGAAUGUGAAUGUCAAGAGUGCGAGUACUGGUGGUUUCAGGACGGCUGGGUGUGUCCACGACGGAGGUGA